AUUAGAAUCGAGGUUAAAAAAGACUCGCCCGGGUGACGAGUCGAGGGAAGAAAAAUCGUGAUCAGACACCGAUCAUCCGUCAUGGGCAAGCUCCCUUGAGCAACCUCCCGUUUUCGGCAUAUGUCACCGUCGCUUACGUCACUCGUUACGUCGCUUACGUCGGUUCCUCGAAUCUCGCAUCACGUGCUACCCAACAAACACGUGGCGCUCGCAUAACCUCUAAGGCCGGUGUUCAUGUAGUCCGUUCUUGAUAUCGAGAUUGUCUUAAACAUGAUCUUCAGAUAUUUGUUGGCCAAUCCGACAGCUGUAUCAGUGUCGAAAAAGUGUACUUUAGACUACCUCGUUUUAGGAGAAUGGAUUAUGAAUAUCGGUCCAAGUCUAACGUCAAACCUUGCUUCGCGGUAUUCCCGUGUCACUCUCGCGUACAGUUUCAUCCUGACCGUAUCUUAUCGCGUUCGACUUUGGUAUGCGAUAACUUGGCCGGGUGAGAUCGAUCCUCAGUGCUAGCUAUCAGUGCUGCGCGACGAGUCGCUAUGAGUAUUGUGACGAUCGUUUCACGCAAAAACCGAUUUUUCUGCACGGACGUACUACCAUCCGCGCGAUACUGUCCGCCAAUGUCAGGUUCACGCGUCUGGUACAGGCUGAUCGAUAAGUCCUGGGAGUGAGAAGUUUAUCGAAUAGCUUGUAUAAUAAGGUGUAAUAAGGUGACGUUAAACGUAAGAGCAAUGUGAGUAGAACGACUGCCUGCACAGAUUACGCCCGUUAUUUCUCUGUCUCAUUAUCUGUGCCAAAGCGAGAGUUCUCGUGCACCUGAUUAUUAAUUAUACUCGCUGAGAUACCUAUGAAGGCGUUACUCCUUAAUAAUGCUUCUGCUUACGUGUUAGAUGUGGAAUAACGUUUACAUAACGCCUAACAUUAUGCUUAUUCAUGGAUCCGUAAGAGAUGAUGACACCUUUGUAGCUAGACGUAAUAAAAAAUAUGAUUUUAUCAGACACUUGAUGUGCACUCGGUAUUAUUUUAUACCGUUACGCAAUUUGAUGACUGUGCAGUAUUUGUUAUGCUUCAAUUUUUUAAGAUUAUAUAUGGAUAUAUAAAGUGCAUGUAAGGUACUGUACAAAGUAAAAUACAGUAAAGUAUAAUUUGUAAGAUAUUCUCCACAUUGUAUGCCAAAGUGCUUAUUAGGAAUAUGUUUAAAUAAAAUACAGUUAUUUAAUAUAAUGCAUCUAAGUGGCAUGUAACUUAAAGAAAUUUUCAAGCUUAGUAUUUCUUACUUAGCAUUUCUACGUUGCAUCCAUACUCGAUGUGUAAAGUAUUUGUCUUUUCUAAUUUGUUGCAUUAUGAUUGUCACAGGUUGGAUGCUGAUAAUGAGGUAGAAUAUUCCCUGGAGGAGGAAGAAGAAGAAGAGUAUACCAUGACUUAUGUAGGAAACUUAAUAUUUGUGGAUAAGCACUGCAGACAGUCAACAAGCAUGGAAGAAUCUAAGAAACGUGUCGAUUCCCUAUCGCUUGCGUAUGAAGAUAUCUCCAACAUGCCUUACGAUAUCAUAGAGGAUUUUAGUUGCACCUUGUAUCACUUGGAUAUCAGUCACAACUUUUUCAGCAGGAAUUUACACUUUCUGACAAACUUCGACAAUCUGAGGUCUCUCAAUCUGGAUCACAAUAGAAUUGACGAGAAUACCAUGUUCCCAUACAUUCCCACUCUUGAGCUACUCUGGCUGAACAACAAUCACAUACAGAACCUGUAUCCCUUUAUGAAGAAUCUCCAGAAAAGCAUGCCAAACCUCAAGUACUUGUCCAUCAUGGGAAACGACGCGGCACCCAGUUAUCUUAACGGUGGAUCAUUCUAUGAUUAUCUUCAGUACAGGUUGUACGUGCUAUCCUGGUUCCCAACAUUGGUGCACCUAGAUGACAGGAAAGUCACUGAGGACCAACGGAGGGAGGCUGUCAGAUUGUUCAAACGACCGUUGUACAGAAGCAUUACACUGCCAGAAUACAUUAGCGAUCUACGUAAAAAGUUGUUCCCGUUGAAACCAACACUGGCUAGUCAACUAGUAUGGCCAUCGAAAGAAUCCAACUUGAUUAUUUGAGCAGUAUUAAAGCGCGGCUUGCAAUUUGCGAUCGCGACGAUAUAAAAUAUUUACGCCGGAAACAGAUGAGCUUAUAACACUUUGUAUCCUAUUAUCAUUGAAAAAGACGUGCCAAUCGUAUACAUAUAUGGAGCAAUACAUGGAGCUGUGCGUUUUAUAGUCGUAAGAUAAUGUGUAAGGAAACAUUGUUUUUUAAUGGUCACAUUUUAUAUGAAUUAUACUCGAAGUGCAGCUAUGCGAACAAAUGAUUCACAUAUUAGAUACAAAUAUAAGACAGCUAUAUAUUUAUAUGUAGAAUUUCCGUUACAUUUACUUAAAUACAUAUCACGGUUGUACCACAUUUACGUAAUUUAAACAAAUGUUUCUAAAGCGAUUGAGAGAUUGCGCCGCAAAUACCGUUUUACACUUUGUACACUUUACACGUACAUAUGCCCUGAGAUAUUUAUGUCACAUUUUAAGAAAAUAAAGUUAUUUUAUUCACAGUC